AAAGCUUUUUUAAAUAACCCAUUUUCUCUUCCAACAACUUAGAAAAAAAUAAUAUAUUCUUCUUCUUCUUCUUCUACUUGUCUUCACCAACUCUGAAAAUUCAUCUAUCGAAAUGGAUCAAACUGAAGUACCUCAAUAUUUUCUCUGUCCCAUAUCUCUGCAAAUCAUGGAAGAUCCUGUAACAACUAUUACAGGAAUUUCAUAUGAUCGGGAAAGCAUUGAGCAAUGGUUUAAGACAGCCAAGGAGAUAACAUGCCCAGUAACGAAGCAGCCUUUGCCAGGAGACUCUGAAUUGACUUCAAAUCACACGUUACGCCGCCUGAUCCAAGCAUGGUGCGCACAAAAUGCAAUAAAUGGUGUUGAAAGAAUUACAACACCUAAGGCUCCUCCAAGCAAGGGUUACCUCCUUAAACUUGUUCGCGAUCUUCAAGUUGAUCAUUUGUGUCUAAGGACUUUGCAGAAAAUGGAAGCCCUUGCAACAGAAAGUGAAAGGAGCCGGAAAAGCAUCGGAAUUCCAGUUGUGGUUAAAGCUUUGGUUGGUUUGAUUAAAAGAUGUUAUAAUGAUCGGAAAACAGCUUGUGUUGAAGAAGCUUUGAAGAUUUUUUGUCUUGUUUGGAUUCCAUCUGAUGAAAACAAGGUUAUUGUAAAAAAUAACAGCGAAUUCAUCGACUCGUUGACAUGGAUGCUGCAAUUGGAGAGCGAAAAUCAUGCAGCUUUGAAGACAAAUGCAAUGUUAAUCCUGAAAACAGUUUCAGAAGUUGCAACAACAGAACUGUUGGAGGGUUUAGGCCUGGAAUUUUUUCAGAAAAUAAUAAGUUUAUUGCGAGAGAAUAUCUCCCAACAAGCAACUAAAUCAGCCUUGAAUAUCUUGAUAGAAGCAUGUCCAUGGAGGAGAAACAGAGAGAAAAUUAUUGAAGCAAAUGCAGUUUUCGAACUCAUUGAACUUGAACUAGGAAAGCCGGAAAAGAACAUAACGGAGCUCAUUUUUAAUCUUUUAGCGCAACUAUGUUCGUGUGCUGAUGGGAGAUUUCAGUUUCUGAGGCAUGCGGGAGCCAUUGCUAUGGUGGCAAAAAGGAUCCUUAGAGUUUCUCCAGCUACAGAUGAUCGAGGAGUUCAUAUACUGGCAUAUAUAUGUAAAUUUUCUGGGAGAAAAGAAGUUCUUUCAGAGAUGUUAAAGGUCGGGGCUGUGACAAAACUUUGCAUGCUGACUCAAGCAGAUUGUGCAAAAUACUUGAAAGAUAAAGCAACAGAGAUCCUUAAGUUGCAAUCCAAUAUAUGGAACAAUUCUCCUUGCAUACAAGUGUAUCUGUUAACCAGAUAUCAGAGGUAAUACAUACAUACAUACAUACAUACAUACAUACAUACA